AGAGAAUUUUAACGUGGAAAAAUGUCUCCUAGUGUGAACAUAUUUUCAAAGUUAUUGAGACCAAGUUUUAAUUGUUGGCUUAUAUGUUCACAAGGGAAUAUGUUGUCAACAACGGCUGUAAAUAAACUAAAUUGUGGGCUCAAGUGUCAAAAUGUAGUAGUGUCAAAGCACGAUUCUCUAAAUAGGCACAGCUGGUUAUCAUGUAGAGCUAUAAGUAUUAGUAAACAACAUUGUUGUAAAAACACAAGGACUGAAGUGUACUGUUGGAAAUGCCAGAAACUGCUCAGUGGUGAUGAGAGAUUUUGUCCAUCUUGCAAUAUCAUUCAGCCUUUAAAGGAUGGCUUGAACUAUUUUGAACUGUUGGGUGUAGAAAAACAAUUUUUAUGUGAUUGUGAACAUCUUGCUAAUCAGUUUAGAAAUCUUCAACGUCUUUAUCAUCCUGAUAAGUUUGCUUCAGCAUCUGAAAAAGAACAGGAAAUAUCAGCAAGCUAUUCCAGCGCCAUCAACAAGGCAUAUCAGGUGCUGAAUUCAGCACUCGCUAGAGCUCAAUACCUGCUCUCUCUUGAGAACCUGUCACUGCAAGAGGAUCAUAUUGACAUGGAUAAGGAGUUCCUGUUAGAAGUUAUGGAGCUCAAUGAGGAGCUUGCUGGAGCUCAAACUGAAGCCCAGAUUGCCGAGCUCAAGCAAACCGCACAAGGCACGUUUGAUGACCUCAUGGGGUGA